GUCCGCCUUUUUCCCUUGGUUUUGCCGUUGAUGACGUAUAGAGGAGAGGGUAGCAACAGUUGCCUCGAGACCCCCGCGCGCCAUAGUGACUGUAGUCGUGGAGACAGUUACUUACCAACGGGAGCAACACGCAGCAACAGCAGCAGCAACGAGAGAGAGUGAGAGCAGCCAGGGCAGAACUAAACACAAGGCAAAGAGUCGAGCAUGCAGAAUUCAGAGGGAGGAUCUGAUUCGCCGGCCACGGUUGCUCUGCGGACUUCGACCUCGGCACAAGCCCCUGUAGUGCAGCCAGUCCCAGCAUCCCAACAGAGGGUCCUGGUGCAGGCAACAGGCUCAGCCCAGAAGGGAGGACAGGUUCAGCAGCUUUCUGUACCCAGAGUGCAACAGGUCCCACAACAGAUACAGCAAGUUCAGCAUGUGUACCCAUCCCAAGUCCAGUAUGUAGAGGGUGGAGAGGCAGUGUACACCAAUGGAACCAUUCGCACAGCCUAUGCUUACAACCCAGAGGCCCAGCUGUACGGGCAGGGCAGCGGUGGCCCCUACUUCGACUCACAGGCAGGGAGUGCCCAGGUGACCACGGUGGUGUCUUCUGCCAGCGGGGUCCCACCGCACGGCAUGGUGGGCAUUGCCAUGGACGUGGGAGGAAGCCAGAUCAUCUCCAGCACCGGGACCUACCUCAUCCACGGAGGGGGCAUGGACGGGAACCGACACCAUGCUUCCCACACCUCCCGUUCCUCAUCCGCAAUGCUUGAAAUGGCGAUUGAAAACCUCCAAAAGUCUGAAGGGAUUGCAUCUCACAAAAGCAGCCUGCUCAACAGCCAUCUGCAAUGGCUGCUAGACAACUACGAAACUGCAGAGGGGGUCAGUCUCCCCAGGAGCUCCCUCUACAACCACUACCUUCGCCACUGCCAGGAGCAGAAACUGGAUCCCGUCAACGCAGCCUCCUUCGGGAAGCUCAUUCGCUCCGUUUUCAUGGGGCUGAGAACCAGACGGCUGGGCACAAGAGGGAACUCGAAGUAUCACUACUAUGGGAUCCGUCUGAAACCAGACUCUCCCCUGAACCGCUUGCAGGAAGAUUCCCAGUACAUGGCAAUGAGACAGCAGCCUGUCCACCAAAAACAAAGGUUUAAGCCAUUGCAAAAGGUGGAUGGCAUGGGGGACAAUUUAGCCGGCGGUGCCCAGAAUUCGGCAGCAACCCCAGAACAAUCUGUGGCUGCUCAAAGUCAGCAUCACCAACAGUUUAUUGACGUGUCCCAUGUUUUGCCUGAAUUCCCGGCCCCUGAGAUUGGCACCUCUCCAGUGCCUGAGGGUAUCAGCAUGAAUGAUGUCAAGAAGCUGCAGAUCCUCUACAGGGAGCACUGUGAGGCAACCCUGGAUGUAGUGAUGAACCUGCAGUUCCAUUUCAUUGAGAAGCUAUGGCAGACAUUCUGGUAUUCAACAGCGCCAUCUAGUGAUGGAGCCACUACAGUCUCUCCCAGCGAGGAGGAAUCAGAAAGCGUCAUUCCCAGGGAGAAGCUGAUUGCUCUGUGUAAAUACGAGCCUGUCAGGGUGUGGAUGCGGAGCUGUGAUCACAUCCUCUACCAGGCACUGGUGGAGAUCCUCAUCCCCGAUGUACUCAGACCAGUGCCGAGUACCCUUACUCAAGCCAUUCGUAACUUUGCAAAGAGUUUGGAAGGAUGGCUGACCACGGCUAUGAAUGACUUUCCACAGGAGAUUGUUCGCACCAAGGCAGCAGUGGUGAGUGCCUUUGCCCAGACCCUAAGACGUUACACCUCUCUGAACCACCUGGCUCAGGCUGCCAGGGCAGUGCUACAGAACACUUCUCAGAUCAACCAGAUGCUGAGCGACCUCAAUCGGGUGGACUUUGCCAACGUGCAGGAGCAGGCAUCCUGGGUGUGUCAGUGCGAGGAGGGGAUGGUCCAGCGGCUGGAGCAGGACUUCAAGGUGACCCUGCAGCAGCAGAGCUCUCUGGACCAGUGGGCAGCCUGGCUGGACAAUGUCGUCAACCAGGUCCUGAAGCCACACGAGGGAAGCCCCAGUUUCCCCAAGGCAGCUCGCCAGUUCCUGCUGAAGUGGUCCUUCUACAGCUCGAUGGUGAUCCGGGACCUGACCCUGCGCAGUGCGGCCAGCUUCGGCUCCUUCCACCUCAUCAGGCUGCUCUACGACGAGUACAUGUUCUACCUGGUGGAGCACCGCGUGGCCCAGGCCACAGGGGAGACACCCAUCGCAGUGAUGGGAGAGUUCAGUGAUCUCAACUCCAUGAUGCCUUUGCUUAUGGAUAAAGACCAGUCUCAUUUCUCAGAUGACAUGAGUGAUGUUGGGAGUGAGGCGGACAGUUCCAGAGGACCGAGCGAGCCCCCAGUCAAACGGGAGCGCAUUGAACUGAACCACUCUCUGCAGGAGAUCUGAGGAGGAUCUGAAACCCAAGUAGCUCCCCACUUUAGUACUGUCAUGUUCCUGCUAGCUGUUAAGCAAACUGUUUGCUUUCCUAGUGCAUAUGGGCUGUGGGGAGACAAUUGCAACAAGCUUAUUCUGAUAUAGCACUGACUGCGGGUGGGGAUACUGCAGCUUUAAAUAAGGCAGCCAAAAACCUUUUCUUUUUUUAAAACAUGUGGGGAGAAAACAUAAUAAUCAUAUGUAAUGAUUUUUUUAAUCAUUUAUCUUUCAUGUACAUCCCCUCAAACUAAAUUUAUAUAUAUAGUUAUAAUUUUACACACACAGAGUUCUCUGGAAGGCUAUCAGUGCCCUCCCCUCCCAAAGCAGGUUGUAUAGAAAAUGAGAAAGAUGGUUCCCCCGUUUUAAAUCCCAGAAAAUAUGAACGUUUAUAUUAAACCGUUUUUGUUAUUUUAUUUUGGGGAUUUCGUUACUUUUUGUUACUGUGAAUAGAUGUGUGACAUGGAUGUUGUACAGUACAUUAGUUUAGUUCCACAAUUCUGCUGGAGUAAUGUUUAAAUAGGUGUGCCAUAGUUAAUGCAGUGCCUUAGACGAAACACAACCUGUACAGAUUUUUGUUGGUUUUUCUUUAACUGUGCCUAUUUAUAUCUACAGCUGUCUGCAUUCCUCCUUCUUCAUGCUUUUCAUAAUGUCAAAUCAAAUGCCUCACAAUACAAGCCCCAACCCAAACCAAAAGCAAAAAAUCUGCCUUGACGUUUUCUAAAGGAGCAUAGAAUGUAAAGGUCUCGGCUACCAUGUAAUGGCUGGUGGCUGCCGCUGGGAUGUGAUGUCAGUUGUUAGAGGAAUACUGACUGUUAUCUAGUCUUGUUUUCGAUGCUGCAGUACGUAAUGUUCCACAGUCUUGCUCUACUCCAGUAACCUGCUCCUAGGCUUGGUGAUGGGUUCUUAUAUUCUUAUACUGUACUCUGUAGCACAGUGUUCUAGCUGCUGCGCUGCUGCUCCCUGCACUCUUCUGCUGCUCAAACCCCUUGCCUUCCAUACUAUAGAUUGUGUGUUUUAACUAAGCCACUCACACACGUUAUAUUCUUUCUGGUGUUUUUUUGUUUGUUUGUUUAUUGAAACAUUUUCUGUGUAAAUGUGGCUUGUGCAUUUGUUUCAGUGGUAGUGGUGGGUGAGGGUAAUUUGUGUCUAAAGCAUUUCAGUUGAGAGUAACCCAGGGGAUGAGGAGAACAGAUCUAGCAGUCAAAUCCUCACCCUUUCUAGGGGGGCAGAAGUAGAAGAAUUUCACCUUUCUGUGCCUCAGUCCCAUCUAACUUUGGACAAGCUGAAAUGGUAGUUCCCUGUUAGACUAACCUUAGAUAGUGAUUUAAAAGUAACUAUUUUUUAUAAUAAUGAAUUGGAUCUUGUUAUUUUAAGUGGAGCUGGCCUAUUAAAAAGAAAUUGCUAUAUAUCUGUAGCCACUGUUCUAGAUUUAUUGUUAUACAUUAAAUAUGUAGAAUUUUAUAAACUUUUCAUACGGUAGGAAAGAAACAACUGUUGUUAUUUUAGGAUUUAGAAAUGUAGUAAGGCAUUUUGUGGCCUUUCAAACCACUUUGGAAAGUUUCAGCUUUCUGAAAAAAUAUUGUGAAAAUAUAUAUUUAAAUGUUUCUUCCCCUCUCCUUUAGUCUAUUAAACUUACUUUGCCCCAAAGUGCAGGCAGCAGGUUCUGAUUUCACCACAUCAUUGCAUAGGAUGGAAUGGAACAAGACGCUCCAAAUCCCAGUGCCUUGAUGUGACCAGAGCCAUGCGAUUUACACAGUACACAAAAGGAGUCCUGUUCAUGUAGAAUCUUAAAGCCUCAUGUUACCUGCAGUAACACUCCCUCACACUAGGAUCCAGUGUAGAGAAGAAGGGCCACUGGCUUCUUUUGCAGCACAAUCUGCAGCAAUGAGCCUUGGGGAAAGAUGUCUUGUAUAAACCUCAAAUGGCUGCCUAACAUUUACCUAUCCAUUCACUAAAAAUUAGCUCAGAGCAGUGAAGGUAUAUAUUUUGUCCCUUUUCUGCUGGGGGUGGAAGGGAAGAUGGUAUACAUUUUUUCUCCCUUUUUUAGAUUAUAUUUACAUUUGGGAUUCGGGGUUGUUUUUAAUUGUACUAGUUCAAAGUUUGCCGCCUUUGAUGUAUUUUGUAUAUAUAUUUUUUCUUUUGUCUUAUUUUCUACUGUUUAUAAUUUUUAAAAACUGUUUUGGAUUAUACCCAAUCUAGUCAGGAGAAGAAUGAACAGUCUUGUUGUCUGUAACUUGCAUUGCAAAAAAAAAAAAAAAAAAAAAUUGUAUUUUGUACUGGUCAAAAUGUCUAAUAAAUUGGUGUAAAAAGUAAA